CAGCGCAGGAUUCAAACUGAACAUGGCUGCGGAGAAAGAUGUUGAUGAAAGCACGCAAAAUAGAAGCAUGGUGACCCACUGUGAUGAGUCGCCCGGCUCCUCUUGUUCUGUCAGACCGCCGGUCAUCUUCAACCCAGAUUUUUUUGUUGAGAAACUCCGCCACGAGAACCCCGAAGCGUUCCUGGAACUUGUGCUCAGUAACAUAACAAGGCUUAUCGACCUUCCUGGGACCGAGUUCGCCCAGCUCCUUGGUGAGGAUUGCCCCAAAACCCCGACAAGUGGAAAUGGAGGCUUUUUCCGCUCUUUCAACUUCCUUAAGCGAAAAGAUAAAGCCGUCGUCUUUGGAACCACACUGACUGAGAGCUGCAUCGCACAGAUCUAUCAGCUUAUUGAGUUCCUCAGCAAAAAUCUACAUGUGGAGGGUUUGUUCCGGGUGCCGGGGAACAGCGUUCGGCAGCACGCCUUGAAGGAGCUCCUUAACGGCGGGGCGGAUGUCGACCUGGAGGCCGGAGAUUUUCACCCCAACGAUGUUGCCUCUCUACUUAAGACUUUUCUGGGAGAGCUGCCGGAGCCUCUGCUGACACACCGACACUUCCAUGUGCACCUGAAGAUAGCUGACAUGACUCUGUUUGAUGAAAAAGGAAAUAAAACAGCGGUUCCAAACAAGGAGCGUCAGAUUGAGGCCCUGCAGCUCCUCUUCCUGUUGUUACCGCAGGCCAACCGCUCGCUGCUCAAACUGCUGCUGGACCUGCUCUACCACACCGCCAAGCAGCAGGACAAAAACAAGAUGUCUGCCUACAACCUGGCGCUCAUGUUUGCCCCGCAUGUCCUCUGGCCCAGACAUAUGACAGCCGGCGACCUUAAAGACAAUCUGAAGAAACUGAACAGCAGCAUGGCCUUCCUCAUCAAGCAUUCACAGAAGCUCUUCAGGGCUCCAGUCUAUUUGAGGGAAUAUGCCAGGGUCCAUUUUAACAGAACCAAGGUUCUGCAGACUAAGGAUGACCUGGAGCUGCUGGCUGUCAGCAGCUCUCCUGCCCAGCGGACGUCGCCGCAUCUGAAACGAACAGCUGGUCCGGGCCGCGCCGUGCAGGAGCAGAGUCAGUCACCGGCUCUGCAGUACACAGAGGAGGCCCUGAAGGAGCUGUUCAGACACGUUCACCAGAACAUGCCCGACUCUGCCAAGAAGAAGAAACUUGUCCGACAGCUCGUCAAACAGACUCAUUCAGGAACAUCUAGCGAGGAUCAUCUGCUCCCUCCAGCCGCCAGUAAGAAGCAUCCUCGUUCCCGCUCCUUUGGUGGCUUUAUCAAGCGAAAAGCUCGAGGCGAGCAGAUGAGAGAGAGGCACAUCUCACCUGAAGCCGCUGGAAAAAAACUAGGAAAAGAAAAUAUCCUCCUCCAGUCGGUGAACAGUCCGUCAGCCGGUUCUGUCAUGGGGAAAGCAGGACUUGUAGUUAAAAAUCCAGAUUUCAUCUUUCACAAAAACAAACCUCUCAAGGUUUCCAAGGACUCUCCCUCCGCCUCCAGGAUGUGUUUCUCUCCGGCUCAGGAAGUGUCAAUAUGAACCAAGAUUGGACUGGGACAGUAUCAAACAGCCAUUACACAUGUGAAUAUUUAGGUUGUGUCCAGCUGUGACUAAUGUCAGAUUGAGCCAUCAGAACCAGAGUUAUAAAGUGGUACAAAUAGUUAUACAGGUUUGCAUGUUUUAUUUAGAAUGACAACAUUUUAGGAAUUCUUACAGAUUAGAGUCGUAACAAUACAUGACGAAUAUCAGCAGCUAGCGGAUUAGCUUCAGGGUUCUGCUAUAUAAAGGAAAACCACUGACACUCUGAAAAAUGCAGAAUAUAUAUAAAUGUUGUAGAAAUUGUUUUAUAUAUACAGUGCGUCUUUUUUUUUAAUGGGAAUUGUGUAAUUUUGGGAGCCGUUUGUGAAAGUGAGAUGAUUGAUCCAAUGUCAGUUAGCUUUACACUUUGUUUUUUUGAGACAUCCUACACUGAAAAUUGAGACCGGAGCUCCAACUUUAAAAAAGAUUUGUUAAUUAGUCACCAAUAAUUGAAUGAAGUUUAUCAAGCUUACAUUAUUUACAUUUGUUUAACUUGAAAAUACAUAAUAAAUUAACUUGGGUAGGCUUAAUUUGAUUAUUGGUGACUAAUUAGUUUAAAUAUAUUUAAGUUGUAUUUCCUGUUCUCUUUUUUCAGUGUAAUUUUUAAACGUUUUAGUUGAGCUCUUACCGCUCUCCCUAAAUGCUGUUCAAUGAGAACAUCAACUGUUGUAUUUUAAUGGAACAUCAAAUGUAACAUUGCCUUUAUUUUGAGGUGUUUUAUUUAUUUUUAUUUGGGUUCAUUGAUGACAGGAAGUUAUUUUUGCCUGAUGGAGUUUGGAGGAUUUGUUGUUGGCUUAAGUGGAAGUUGAAGGGAGGGAUUUUUUCCCACCAGUUUGAGCAGAAAUGAACAAAAAGCACAACAGGUGACAAUUGGGUAAAGCAAACACAAAAGAAAGUAAAUUGAUGAUCAGAUCGUUGAUUUUUACCUUUGCAGAAUCAUUAACACUUUUGUUUUUUGUUCUGAAAUAAGGCGUGUUUUUUGUGUUUUCAGACUUUAUGACAUGAUGGCGUAUUAGGACCAUUAUAUGUAGAAAAAAAAAGGAGCAAAAUUUCCACCAAAAAACUUAAAACUUUAUAGAAUACAACAAACAUGAACAUUUCUGAGCUUGAAAAGAUGAAUAUUUUCUGAUUUUUUUUUUUUUUAGAUUAAUCAAAUAAAUUUUCUAGAGAGAACUUUUGACACUAAGAAAAUUUCCAAAAGUUACAAUUAUUUUUAUUUGGAACUGAGAAAUUUACACUAUUAUCUUUCUAGACAAUUUCUGAGAUUAAUCUCAAAGUUUAGGAUUUUAUGUUCCCUAGCAAAAAUUAGACUUUUCAAACUCAGAAUUUUAAAAUUUUUGUCUAGAAAAUCUAAAAAUUUCUGAGUUUUUUUUGUGUGCAAAUUUUCAACUCUGAAAUGUUCAAGUUUCUUCAAAACAAAUUUCUGAGAUCAAUCUCAAACCUUUGGCGUCUUUUUCCUAGCGAAUAUUUGACUUUUCAAACUAAGAAAUUUCCUUGUUUUUCCUAUAAAACUUCUUAGUUUUCACUUUGAACUUUUCAAAUUCUGAAUUUUUGCAUUUUUUUCAAGAAAAUUUCUGAUAUCUCAAAAUUUGAGUUUUCUUCUAGGAAAUUUUUAACUUGUCAAACUGAUAAAUUUUAUUAGUUUCAAAAUAAAUUUUUUUGGGUGGAAAUUUACUUUUUUCACUCUACAUUUGCCCCAAUAUACCGUCUGACACGGCCUCUCCUCUAAACCCCAGAUCUCCACUAGUUCUCCCUAGCAGUAUUUUCCUUAAAAUACUAAAAGUGAUUUCUGUUUGGAGGCCACGUUACAGUAACCUGUGAUUUAUCAUGUGAUGGAGCCACGUUUCUCCUUUAAGACUGAUUCUCUUACCUGAGCUGGAAAUGUGCUGCUGUUGUAUCUUGUUUGAGUUUUUGGACGCUCUGAGGAAGCAGGAAAGAUGGAUUGAUGAAAGUGAUGAAGGGCUGAACCUGACAGAAGGACAAUAAUAUACCUCAUUUAUCUGGGUUUGGAUGCCUUGUUCUUUUUUCUAGACGUACAUCGGUUUUAUUUUGAGAAUUAAACUGAUAUUUAUCUGUUGUCUCAAGAUAAAUUUUUGGUUGUGAAGAGGCUGGGUUUUGGAAGAUUCACUUUGGAUUUAAUUUCUGGAAUCAUUUCUUAGUAAGAGAAACAUGUUCAGUCUUUAAAACUGUUACAUUGUGCUGUGAAGUAUUAUUUUUAAGUUGCACAUAAACACUCAGAGUAAACUUGUUACAUUUCCUCUGGCCUGCAGAGGAAAUUUAGAAGGAAUGUGGAGAUAAGUGACAUUUUUAUUUUAUUUUUUCAAUUACUACACUUUUUUUUUUUUAUUGUUGGGAUGCUAACAGGUCACUUUAAUAAUAUUCUGUUUGGUUUGUCCAAGCACAACACUCCCAAUAUUGUGUUGAAUUAACCUGUGACUUCUCUUACGUGGUUUUAACUGUGGUUACAUGUUUUUGUAAUUUUUUCUAUGUAAAAUAAGCUAACCUUGUACAGAGUGUUCCUUAGUAAGCCAUCUGUUUGGAUUAAAUUUUUUCAUCUUCUAACAAA